AUGGCCGAUGUGUCGGAUGAUGGCGGAUCUGUUGCUAAUCAGAUCGAUCACUCUGAGGAAACCUCCCCAGAAGAUUUGAACGCAGUCACCAGAGAGAACGCGCUGAGGGUUGAACGUAAUUGCAGGCGUGCUGAGAGACGUGCUGAUGCCGUCGACUUGGCAGCCGUAUCUGACGACGAGCCACUGAUUGAGGUGCCCUCUCGAACAACUUCUCCCGCUCCUUCUCCCCAAGAGACUCCAUCUUCCGUUGGUUCGUCCCCAUCUCUGGCGAUGCACUCGGCCCUGCAAAACUUUGAUAUCAUAUGCACAAUCUGCUCAUACGUACAUCGCGGGUCACUUCCUGCCCUUGCAUCCACAUGCCGCGUCUUCGAGCGUCCAGCGCUUGAUGUACUUUGGAGGAAUCUGCGGUCCGUAGAACCUCUUGUCAAAUGUCUACCGAGUGACCUCUUUGGUAUUGAGAAAGGACAUAUGGCAUUACUAAAACCUCUCGACGCCAAGACAUGGAAUAUUCUUUGCAAAUACACGUCUCGCGUGCGCUCCAUCACACAAUUAGACCGCCUGGCGGUUAUUAAGCCCCUCGCUUCGCUAAUACUGUCUUGUCCUUUGACACCUGCGUCCAUGUUUCCGAACCUUCGCGAAUUAAAAUGGCAUGCAGAUGAAACACACUGCGCUGCAGAAUUCUUGCGCAUGGCAUUUGUGCCCACCCUGUUGUCCUUAGACGUGGUGAUUUAUUCAGCUUCUUCCAUCUUUCUCUCGGUCCUUUCAUCUCUUGGGACCCUGUGCCCUCAACUCCAGAGAAUGUCUGUGGAAUCUCGAUCUCCAACAAACGACUCGGACAUGGUCCUUAAGGCCUCACCUUUCAUUGCCCAAUCUAUUUCACAACUCCACCAUCUCCGGGAAUUGUUUGUAUGGGACCUAGGAAACCAAGGCAAUGAGCACCUUGCGCAGCUGCGAGCUUUGCGUAAACUGUGGUUGGACUUGGAAACAUCGUCAGUUUGGGAAAGACGGUUGCGCUUGCGAUUCCCCGGCUUUCGCGAUUUAGAUUUCUUGAUGUUUUUCAUCACCAAUCUCGAGCACGCCUUGGAAUUCCUGAAUUCGCUUCAGGUCAUCGGAAGCAAAAGCGUCCAGAUCUCCUUCAUCCCCACUCUCCCCUUCACAAGUCCAUCCACGACGCUAUACCAGUUCUUCGCUACCCUCGGGGAGAUAUGCGAUCACGACAAUCUUGUAUCGUUCAGUCUCGAUCAAUGUUCCGUAAAAGUUAAUGCAAAACUGGACGUCUUCACGCCAUUAUAUCCAUGCCGCAAUUUAACUCGGCUGCUCAUUGAGAAUGGCUGUGAUAUUUCCAUGACUGACAAGGAGCUUCUCCAGCUGAUGAGAGCCUGGCCUAAGCUUGAAGUGCUGGCUAUCAGCCGCUUUGUCUCCAUCAAGGGCACCACGAUACCUACAUUCCGCGGGCUAAUCAGUUUCCCUCGGCUCUGCCCUGCUUUGACCUCACUCACUCUUGUCAUCGAUACUACGCUUUGGCAUGGUAUAGAUCUCAAAUCCCCCGGCGGUGGAAUCCGCAAUCAGAAUCUCAAAAACCUCGUCCUCGGCAAUUCGCCCGUUGGUUCCCCGGCACAAGUAGCUCUAAUCCUCAACGGCCUCUUCCCAAACCUGAAGAAGAUUAAUCUUAAUUGCUGGUAUUCGGCUCCAAAGAAAUUUUUGUCCCAGCAGCAGGCAGCGAUGCCACAAUGGGAGGCAGUUAAUUUCUCUCUUUUGAGCUUCAGCAUCGUAAAGGAGAGAUGCGCGGAAACAUGA